AUGCAAGAUCGUCGCUUCUUGGAAGACAAUGCCUUCACUAUGCACGACAACGCAGCAUUGGAAAUGGUAUCUAUCAUCUACAAUUCCGUCCAUCCCUUGAUUGAAGAUGUUCUUGAUGAAGUUCUUGUGCAAUACGCCAAAAAAAAGGUGGAUUAUCUCAGACUGGCUAAGCGAAUGCUUGUUUGUUUGGAGAAAAAGUGCAGAUCCCGAGAGGUAGAAGAUGCGUCCAACGAACGGCACGAGGGAUUCAUGGUGCAUAUAGAGCCGGAAGAGAGCCGCGCCUUCUAG